CCCCGGGGGCCAACCUGGAGUGUUCUUGUUCAUGCCCCCUGGCCGCUGAGCACCCGAGGCUGAGUCACAGGCACAGAAUUAGGCCCGACCUACUCUGGGGUAGGGUCUGUUCUGUGUCCUCCUGACAGCCUGGCAUGGGUGCAGCAUUCUCCAGGAGUCUGUUACUAACCUGAUGCGUCAUCCUCAGGGCCGGGCGGAGAUGGAUUAAGAGGGCUGAGAACUCUUUGGUGGACUUCUCGGGACCCAGGGUCCCAACUGCUACAGUGAUUAGCCACACCUAUAAGGGUCUGCCUCCUAGACUUUAGCUUCCCCUUCUAGAAAUGGAAAAAGGCUUAAUGACAUUUCCCUGGUGUCCUUUUCCAGGCAUCCAGCAGGCGUUUAAUAACCGGCCAAGUAAUUAUUGAAGUUUCUAAAUAAGGAAUACUAAUGGCUGAGUCUGGCCUCAAUCCCAGUGUCCCUGAGAGGCCCGCCGCAAGGGCGGCACAGGGCACAGUAUAAAUUGGAGACAGCUUGCGCUUGGGCACUGAGUAGCCCAGGGUAGCAGCGGAGAAGCAGGAUGGAGAUCCGGGUGCCUGUGCAGCCUUCUUGGCUGCGCCGUGCUUCAGCUCCUUUACCGGGUUUUUCCACUCCGGGACGCCUCUUUGACCAGCGUUUCGGCGAAGGGCUGCUUGAGGCAGAGCUGGCUUCACUGUGCCCUGCUGCGAUCGCGCCCUACUAUCUGCGCGCCCCCAGUGUGGCGUUACCCACAGCCCAGGUGCCCACGGACCCUGGGUAUUUUUCUGUGCUGCUGGAUGUGAAGCACUUCUCGCCAGAGGAAAUCUCUGUCAAGGUGGUUGGCGACCAUGUGGAGGUCCAUGCUCGGCAUGAGGAGCGCCCAGAUGAACAUGGAUUCAUUGCUCGAGAGUUCCACCGCCGAUACCGCCUGCCUCCUGGCGUGGACCCUGCUGCAGUGACCUCGGCACUGUCUCCUGAGGGUGUUCUGUCCAUCCAGGCCACACCAGCGUCGGCCCAGGCCUCACUUCCGUCACCACCUGCUGCCAAGUAGGGGUCCCAGCCUUACAGGACCGAACCGGGAAGCCUCUUUAGGCUCCCUUUUAAAAUGCCGAUCUGACUCCACUGCCCAGCCAGAUGUCCCAAUCGCUGUCAAGACAGCCUUGCCCAACCACAACUAGAUGUCCUCCCCUGAGACCUUUCCAACCCAAACCCUACCUGAGCCUUAGUGACCUAGACACCCUUCCUAAGCCCUCUCCCAGCUUUCAGGCCCCACCCAUGACAUCUCUCUAGAGGCAACACAAACACUACUGUCAGCCUGAGCCAAGGCUCCCAUCAGACUGACCCCACUUUGGGCUUCUCUCACACUCAGGCUGCACUUGUGAGCUGUAGAACACUGUGACAGCAGAAUACAAUGUAGUCAGCGCUCCCCUCCUUCCAGUCCUGUCACCCAAUUCCCCACAGUGAUGUAGACUGCAUAGGCUUUCCACACCAGAACGCCCAAGCCUGGUCCACCAGACUCCCGUCUCUGUAACCUAACACUCCUCUGCCCCAGCCCACUGUCUGACUUAAAACUCCAGGCACCGAAAUUCUUGAAUACUAUUCUGACCUCCAAUUCUUGGGACUCCUAUUCCUGACAAACCAGGAACCCCAAACUCAAAUUGUAUGGACACUCCACCUUCUCCAGAUGUGCUAGACCAAUGAACAAGAACCCGUGAGCUCUCUGUCCUGGCUCCCCAUCUGCAGUCAGAUGUCUUAGGGAGCCCGCUCCACAUCUGCCAUCCUCUAAGGUUGCACCUUCAUUGUGAACAUUUCCUGUCUCCCCAGGCCUUCCUGCCAUCAGUUCCCAAUAAAUGCACUUGAGAUUUGUCAA